UUUUGCGGGCUUCCGAGAAGGCGGUGUGAAUAACAGAAGUGAUGAUGGCGUUCGGGAGUGUGCUCGUCUGCUGGGCGUUAUGUUUUGGUUUUUAAGUUCGUGAUGGAAGUGGUGUUGUUGUCAUGAUGAAGCGUUGUUGGAAUGGAGUUAGGACAGAAACAUAAUAUUGAGAAGAGAAGUGAUUGUGUGCUGUGCUUCUUAAAGGUGUUUUCUCAACAGUUCUCACGCCCUUAACCUGUGGAUUAUUGGACGUGUUAUCUCUCCCUUCAUAGUCUCCUAAACAGCCGUCAAGAUGGUGGUGGACAAGGCAAGCAUCAUGAACAUCAUGGGGGGCAUGGAGAGCACGGCGGGGGUCCGACUGCACAACCACCGCCGGAAGCUGAGGCAGAGAUUCGACAUAAUAAAGAAACUGGGCCAGGGAACUUAUGGCAAAGUCCAGCUAGGUAUUAAUAAGGAAACAGGACAGGAAGUGGCCAUCAAAACCAUCAAGAAGAGUAAGAUAGAGUCAGAAGCAGAUCUGGUUCGAAUCAGAAGAGAAAUUCAGAUUAUGAGUUCUGUUCAACAUCCUAAUAUAAUUCACAUUUAUGAAGUUUUUGAAAAUAGAGAAAAAAUGGUUCUUGUCAUGGAGUAUGCUGCUGGUGGUGAACUGUAUGAUUUCCUGAGUGAGAGGAAGGUUCUUGGAGAGGAGGAAGCACGAAGAUUAUUUAGACAAAUAGCCACUGCUGUUUAUUAUUGUCAUAAGCAUAAAAUUUGUCAUCGUGAUUUAAAAUUAGAAAACAUAUUGCUAGAUGUGGAUGGGAGUGCAAAGAUUGCUGAUUUUGGAUUGUCAAAUGUGUUUGAUGAAACAAGAUUACUUGGCACAUUUUGUGGGAGUCCAUUAUAUGCAUCUCCUGAAAUUGUUCAGGGAACUCCAUAUCAUGGACCUGAGGUGGAUUGCUGGUCGUUAGGUGUUCUCCUUUACACAUUGGUGUAUGGUGCUAUGCCAUUUGAUGGUUCUAAUUUCAAACGUUUGGUUAAACAAAUAUCUCAGGGAGAUUACUUUGAACCUAAAAAACCAUCUCCUGCAUCUCCUCUUAUUAGAGAAAUGCUGACAGUAUCACCCGCAAAGCGUGCUGACAUUGUGAAAAUUUGUUCUCACUGGUGGGUUAAUGAAGGCCAAAGUGAGUCCUGCCUAGAUAUUGCUGAACACUUAGCAAACCAAACCCCCGUUAGAUUGGAUCUCCUACUCUCACUAGCUCCUCCUGUGUCAUCUGAACAAGUUGUUGUGACCAAUGAUCAGAAGGGUAAUGGAGACGUAGCAGGAGCCUCUGAAGGCCCAGUUCGAUCACACUCUGUCGGUAGCCUCAUGGACUUAGACCAACCAUCUGCAGAAAGGAGAAUAAGAGACUUUGUUAACUCUACAAAGGCAGAGACUUCAAAUAGCAAAAGUAAUAUUGACAAGAUUGCAGACACACCAAAACGCAAACUUGAGGAUGCUGUUUCGACUGAUGAUGCUAGUGUUGGAGGAGCAAAGAAGAAAGAAAGGUCACGUAGCAAACAGCGAAAUAGUCGCUCAGAUAGAAGAUCCACAAGUCGAAGUAGGAAACAGGCUGAGACCAUGGACAUUGAAUCUGAAAGUCUUCCUAGGAGUGAUUCUAAGGACUUAACUCUCGCUGCUGCUUGUGCUAUUAAUGAUGAUUUACAAGACAAAUAUCCUCAACCAAAUCAAAGUGAAUCACCUAACAAAAAUGAAGAAAAGCGAAAAUCGGUGAAAGGAACGAAAAAGAAAUCUAAACCUGAGAGGGAUGAAAGUUCGUUAUUAACACAAAAUACUGCUGGUGCAGAUCCGGAGACCGGUAUAGCUGAAGGUAAAAGUGGAACUGAACCAACACAAGAAGCAAAGAUUCCAAUGGAGGAAAAUUCUAAGAGUAAAUCAAAACGAAAGCCAGUGGAUGGAGAACAAACGAAACGAGAUGUGUCUAUGACAUCAACAAAUGAAAAAUUAAGUGAUAGUAGUCCAAGUGAUGAAAGUGUGAGGUCUAGCCAGUCUGAGCCGUGUGUAGAAGAAGUGAGAGAUGAUGUGAAUGGUGAUGAUGUGAGUGAGGGUGUAGUAAGUAUUAUAAGUUCUUCCACGGCACCUCCAUCGUCUUUAAGUUUUAGUGAUACAGGUGCUGAUAUUCCUAGUCUUGACAAAGCAAAAAGCCAGGGGAAGAUUAGCCUAUCCAAAAUAAUUAGUCCUACAAAUGAAGUGCCAGCUGUACCUGUGCCGAACACUCCUGAAGAUCCAGAACCUCCUAGAAGCACAGAGCGCAGAAAAUCCAAGAUAUUUGAGACAGCAGAGAAGUUCAAUAAUCUUGCAAAUGUCACUACAGAGAGAAAGGGUUCCAUUGUUGAAAAGCCGAAGAAAAUUCACAUACCUGGCGUUAAAGUUAGUGAUGCAAAAGCUGCAUUUGAAAGGAAAUCUUCUAUCACUCCAGGUACAGCACCAGUAACAGCUACUGCUGAGCGAAAAGGUUCAUUGACGUCUGUACCUGCUGGAGUGAAAAGCUCCAUGUCUAAAAAGACUGUUUCUGAUCAAUCACAAUCAGGCAUUUCAGAAUAUUCUGCCUCUGACCCAGCACAAAGUAAAGGUAUUGAUGAUGUCAAUACAGACCUUUCAACCCAAGGUUCACCAGAUGAGAAUGAAAGGGCAAAGAAGGUUAAAGAAGCUGCUGGACUUAUUAGUAGUGUUGUAGAAGGCCAACUCACGGGAAGGAGAGUUUCAUUGAAAAACACUCCAAAACUUGGUUCACUUCAUGGAUCUAGGGCUGGUACACCAUCAGCACCGGGCACACCUUUGUCUCCAACUGGAGUGGAUCCAACUACCGGUCUGAAAACUGUACGGGUACAAGUGGCACCCAAUGAUAUCCGUCUGGCUACAAUUCAGGUGUCUACUCCACAAGCUACCAAAUAUCCAGGACAAGAGCCCCCUCUUCCUAAUUUAGUUCCACAAUCUGGAGAUGCUGAUGAAACUGAACCCAAGAAAACAGCAAGCAAGAUGGAAAUAACACUGAAAUCUGCCACUCUGCCUCGACGUAAAACAUCUGAGGCCAAGAUUCAAAUGGGCACUCCUCCUCCAGCCAAAGCUCAAAGCCCUGAAAAACUUGUGCGUAUGAUUCAGGCUCCACCUUCUCCUGGGCGAAGAGCGAGUGUUGGUCCACCAUUAGGUGGAUAUCGUAGUGAAGUGGAACAUAUUGUUGGAGCAGCUGAUUAUCCAAACAAACCAAGACACCAAAGAAGUGAAGUAUCUUUCCCUGUUGCUGCUGCAAACAGUUCAACAAGGGUUCAUCCAAUGCCUUUCAGAUCGGCUUCAUGUGAACCAGAGUCAACUAAGUCUAAACCUCGAGAACACAUUAUUCCCAUUCAUUUUGAAGCCGAAGAAAAUGCAGCUCCACGAACUUCUACUCCUCCAGCUAAGCCACCUGUUCCUCCAACUACGUCUCAAUCGGCUUCUGGAAACUUACCCUACCAGAGAACUCUAUCUCAACUUUCACAGAGGUCUAAUAGUUUGUCAAGGCAAAGUACUCAAGACUCCGAUACUGAAAGUACAAUAUCACAAAGUGGUGGAGAGGCCAUCAGGAAGUCGCCACGGGAAUAUGUCAUACCUAUUGCCCUGGAAGGUGGUGGAUAUGUUACUCCCCGAGCUACAAGCUUAGAACCAAGUGAGGAGAGCAGGGCAUCAACUCACAGUAUUCCACGUUCUCGCCUUAGUAGCAGAACUAAGAGAAUGAGUCGAGAAAGACAUCGAAGUAAAUUCAGCAGUUUGCUUAGUGAGAGUGAAGAUGAAGGACCAUUUGCAGCUCUGCAUCGACAUAGUUCCAUUGGGAGGGACAGUGAUAACGAGGAUCGCCCAUCUGCUUUCCAUCUCCAUCGUUUGAGAAGUUCAAGACCAUCUCAACGUACACUUGAGCACACAGACAGCAUGAGCUCAGCGGAAGAAGAGGAUGAUGAUGAGGGCUUUGAGUUACUCACAGCGGAGAACCUGUUUUCAUCUCUGUUAUCUAGGGUUCGCAGUUUAACUCAAAGACUCAAUGUUGAAGAUGGUGGAAGACCAGGGUUUCCAUCAUCAAGAUUACUCAGCCAAUUUGGUGCUUCUCCCGGCUCACGUACAUCACCUUUUAUGUUUCCAUCUUCAAGUCUGCUCAGCAGAGGCUCGCCUUUUGAGCCACUGUCUCGUGUACAUGAUUCCAGCACUCAGAGAACAGUAACAACUACAUUUAAACGAAUAUCUGAGGCUUCCAGAUCUUUCAGUCGAAACGACAGUGAAAGUGGCAGUGUAGGUCCUACUCCUUGGAGAAGAAGUGUUAGCAGAGAUGUCUCUGACACGGAUAGCCUUUAUAGUGAAUCACACAACAGUGGCACCCUCCCUAAAGGUCGUAGCAGCGGCGACUUCAGCGAGGCCUCCUCCUUGUCGUCCUACUCGUACACGCCCAGCCUGGCGGCGCGGCUGGCGCAGUACCAGCAGGGCUCGCCGUCAGGGGCGGCCGCGCCGGAGCGCCCGCAGCACCGCACGCCCCGCUCCUACAUGAAGAGCAAGUCCACCGGGACCUCGGGCGCAGACGACGUGGCCGGCCUGACGGGACGCUACCCGCGGGGCAGCGCCGCCGGCAGCAGCAGCUUCUCCAGCGCCCGGCGGGCGGCCAGCGGCGUGACCCGCGCCCUGGAGCAGGAGCUCAACGGUCUCAACAUCCCCACCUCGUACCUACCGAACCCCAGCCGGGCUUCUUCUCGGGCCCUGGAAGAAGAGCUCAACGGCCUCAACAUCCCGACCUCGUACCUGCCCAACCCCAGCCGGGCGUCUUCGUCGCGCGCCCUGGAGGAGGAACUCAACGGCCUCAACAUCCCCACUUCGUAUUUACCGCCCAGUCACGGGCCGAGCCCGAGCCGGUCCUUGGUCGGGGACGACGCCGGGGACGUGUACUCGAGCGCGGCGCGGCGCCUCGGCCUGUCCAGGACGCUGUCCAUGCGGGAGCGGCCCGCGAGCCCCAGCUCCCAGUCCACCUCCUCAUACAGACCGUCGUACCUGUCCUCGCUGUCCUCCCCCGGGCGCCGGCCGUACUCGUCCUACACCAGCCCGCUGUCCAGCUCCGUGUCGCUGUCCGACUCGGACCGGCCUCCGCUGCCGCGCCGCUCCUCGGGGCUCGGCCUCUCGGGCGUCGGUUUCGGCCACCAGAGCUCGUCGAGGGCGAGCGACGACGACUGCGCCUACUACGAGAUACUGCCGUCCCACCGCAAGCCGGGGCGGGAGGCGCCCGUGGUCGACAGCGUCCUCACCAGGUCGUGCCCAUCCAGCGCCUUCCUCGGCGACACCCCCGCACCGGCCCCGCCCGACGCCACGGAAGCCGACACCGCGUCCGUCACCAACAAGACCACCGCCAGCGCGACUCCAGCUGCGGCCGCGACCUCGCCGGCUGGGGGCACGGCCCCGGCAGAGGACAACGCCCCGCCGCCGGCCCCGGCUCAGACCGCGCGCUCCAGGUUCGGGCGGUCCGUGUCCGUGACUCGCGAGCUCCGGCCCGCGGGCUUGGGCAGCAGCAGCGUGGGCGGCUCCUCCACAGACUUGCCCGCCCUGUCGGCCUCGGCGCUGAGGAGGUCGGCGUCGACGCGCGCCACCCCGGAGCGCUCCAUCCUGAGCAAGUUCUUCCGCGGAGGGUCGGCGUCGAGCGGCGACGAGCAGCCGUCCGGGUCCGGCAGGCAGCCGCGGCAGCCGGUGCAGCGCCGCAUAUCGCGGUUCUUGCGGCCGGACUUCUUCGACACGCCGCGCGAGGAGAGCGCGUACGCCCGCGAGCAGGACCUCCAGCGCAGCCAGAGCCGCGACCGCGCGCAGCCCGAGCCGCAGCCCGAGCCGCAGCAGCCGGUACAGCCGCAGCCUGAACCGCCGCAGCCUGCUGAGCCCAACAAGAGCAAGACGAGCAGCCGCUUCCUGCAGUCGUUGGAGCGGCGCCUGGACAGGCUGCGCACGAGCCAGCCCCAGCAGCAGGUGCCGCCCCCUCAGCCGCCGCCCCCACAGCCUCCACCCGCGCAGUCGCCGCCACCGCCGCCGCCGUCCCAGCAGCCGCAGGAGAGUCGCAUCGAGUCGACGAUCCGCAGCCUCCGCGAGCGCAGCCUCGAGCCCAAGGAGUGCGACGCGGCGCCCACCGAGUCCAGCCUGCUGAAGCGCGCCGUGUCCGUGAGCGACAUCCCCACGGUGAACGCGCCGCCCGCGGCCCCCGCUUCGAGCGGCAGCAGGAUAGCGGGCCGCGUGAUGAGCCUCUUCCGCAAGGACCCGGCUGACGUCAAGCAAGGCCUCAUUCCCUCCUUCAAGCCGCACCGCGCCGCGCACGCGUACUCGGGCUUCACCAGCGACAGCCUCCUGCUGGACUCGGAUAGGCCCCGGGUGGGACGCGUCGCCAAGAAGACGACGGUGUCGGCGGCCUCGACACCGUCGGCGGCCUCGGCACCGUCGGCGGUCUCGGCACCGUCGGCGGCCUCGGCACCGUCGGCGGCCUCAGCACCGUCGGCGAGCACCCCGUCCAGUGGCGGCGCCGGCGGCGCCUCGGCUGACAUGUCCCGGCUCGACAAGGGUCGUGAUAAUAACGUUUCCCUGCCUUCUUCCAUGACCAAGGCUGACGCCGUGGCCGAAGCCGCCGGCGGCGCGCCAAACCAGGCCGAAGAGAUCAUUCCGCGAGUGACUGCAGGGGCCGCGGCCGAGAGCCAGGCGCCUCCCCUGGCGAACGGGGAUGCCGCCGUCCCCAAGACUGAACCCAACUCUGCCGAUUCCAAACCGAAAGUAUUGCGUACUAAGUCAGGGUCCAAGGUGAGGGGGCUACUGUCGUCCAAGAGCAAGACUAAGGUCGUCAAGUCGAAGAAAGAGGCCCCUGCGGCGGAGGAGCCGGCGGCUGGCGGUGCCACCAAGCCCGAGCCGGUGCCGUCGAACCCCGAGACGGCGACCAGCAGCCAGGAUGUUGUCCCUCCUCCGGUGGACCCGGUCGUAGCAUCCGCUCUCGUGAAGCUGCCCGUCAAGGACACAAACACGGACACGGACACUCCGUCCAAACCCUUGCUUCGAUUGAAGUUGGGCAACAAAGAAGAAGGAUCUUCCGAUGUUUCCUUUGUAAGAUCUCUGUCCAAGACGAAGCUAGGAUUAAAGGGGGACAGAUCCAGUCCUCCAAAGAAGACCACGUCAAAGAGUAAGAUUCCGACGGAUGAAAAGAUGAAAACAGUAAUAAAGUCUGCGUCAAAAAGUAAACUUAGUGGAUCUGUUGACAGUCGGGUGGACUGUACAUUGAUUGCACAGUCUCAACAGAAUGGAGGGCCUCAAGUAUCGAAAUCCUUCUCUAAAUCGGAGAUGACAAAAGAAGAUAGUACCUCGCGGGAGUCUCCUGUCAAAUUUUCUCCUCGGACCAAUGGAGACUCAAAAGAAAAGUCCCCUGUAAAACUAGCAUCAAAGGCUCUGGCAGCCAAAUUUGAUAAGGAAAUUUCUCCAAUAAAAUCCCUACCGCGCCCUACUCCACCAAAAGAUGAUACGAAACCGGCUGCCGAUAAAGCAAUUAGUGUGUCCUCCAGCAGGUCCUCUCCUCAAAAAGAGGAAAAGCCGAAUUUCCGCAAAGAAAUUUCUCCACCGAAGAAAACUUUCUCGCGCACAUCCAUACGAAACAAGGACGAGGCGCAGCCCUCCGUUGACAAGGAAGCUGCGCUUGUUAAAUCACCAUCUCGCUCUUCUGUGCGUAACAAGGAAGCAAAAGAACCUCCCGAGAGAGAAAAGUCGUGUUUAAUUAAAUCCUCCUCGAAGUCUUCCGUCCGUAAAGACGACACCAACACCAAAGUACUGUCGGUUUUAAAGGCUCCCGAACGUGCUUCCGAACUGAGCGUGCACUCGGACCCCGCCGCCACCCCGCUGUCCCUGAUGGGAACCUCCAGGUCAUCGUCCAAGAGCAAGCUGCCAAGGGUUGGCGACGACAAAGUCCUGCCGAGGACCCCCUCUAAGCCGGGCGACGAGCCCGCUAGACCGCUACUGUCGACUUCCCGCUCCGCCUCCAGGACGAAACUGGCCGACCCCGAGAGGAAGACCUCGCCCACCAAGUCUGACGACGCGGCUGCGCCGCCCGGGCCGCCGCUGAGGAAGUCGCUGUCCCGUAACGCCCUGCCCAAGGAGGAGGACGUUAAGGCCGCCGCGCCGGCCCGCUCCACGUCGAGGACGAGGCUCUUCAACAAGGCCGACUCUCCCAGCGGCUCGACCAUCGAUAUUAGGAAAUCCAACUCGAGGAGUCGUAUUCUAGGCGUCGGCAAAGCCGAUACGGCCAAAGAGGAGGAAGCCGGUCGGCCCAGCGUGCCCGGCCGCUCGGCCUCCAGGAGCCAGCCGUCCAAUAAGAGCGACAGCUGCUGCACGCCCCCGCGGGAUGAGGACGGCAACAAAAGCAAGGCUUGUGUCCCCAGUAAGGCCGAAUCCCCCAAGAGGGAAGACGAUGUCGUCAACGUGACCGUCUCCCCCAGCCGGUCGGGCUCUCGGAGCAGGAUCGGCGCCGUUGUCACCAAAUCCACGUCCAAAACCAGAGUUAUCAAGGACGACUCUCCCGUGAGCAAGUCCCCGUCGAAGACCAGAGUAGUGAAGGACGACACAGUCGUCAGCAGGUCAUCGUCAAAGACCAGAGUAACCAAGGACGACUCUACGGUAUCAAAGUCUUUGUCAAAGACCAAAGUGCCUAAAGACGACUCUCCAGUAAGCAAAUCCCCGUCCAAAGCCAGAGUAACCAAGGAUGAAUCUCCCAGCGGCAAAUCCCCGUCGAAGAGUAGAGUGACCAAGGAAGAUUCUCCAUUCAGCAAAUCCCCGCCCAAGGCCAAAGUGACCAAAGCGACUGCAAAGGCGAAGAUCGCCGACCCCGCCACCCCCGCGCCCCAGCCAAGCGCGACUACGAUUCCCACGUUGACGACGUCCCGGCCGACCGACGACGAGGUGCGGAGCACGGCGCGGUCGCUCACGCGGUCGUCCUCGCGGGGCGAAGGCUGCAGCCCCGUGCGCAGGGCCGUGUCCAGCAGCCCAGGGCUGCGGUUGGAGCACAGCCCCAGCCCGGGGCCGAGCACCCACCACCACCAUCACCACCACCAUCACCACGGGCUCAGGCCGGACGGCGGCCACCGCCACCGGGACAGGCACGCGCACGGGCCGCGUCCACGCAGCAUGUCGCACACCCGACCCGCCGACCCGGACAUGACCGUCGUGUCCCUCAAGGACGUGGAGCGCCGCCACCGGGAGAUGCUGCUCGACAAGUGGUCGCAGAGCCUGCAGUCGCUGCACUCGGAGCAGGCCGCAGAGAAGGCCAAGAAGCAGCAGGAGGAGCAGGCCAAAGUCGCGGCGGAGGCAGCCGUGGCACCGGCGGCGGGCGUGCCCGCGCCCGCAGCGCCGGUGAGUGAGGUCGCCCAGUCGGCCGCCCCCGCCCCGCCCGCCGCCUCGCGCCCGCGGCCGCCUCUACAUCUGGACCUGUUCCCCGUGGCGGCCCCGCGCGCCACCUCCCCGUCAGAGUCGUGGUCCGCGUGCUCGUCCCCUGCGCCAUCGCCCACCCCACCGUCGCCCUCCGCCGAUGAUGCGCCCGAAAGCGUGAGCGACCGCAUUCGGCGCAAGAGCUUCUACAGCCGCUUCAACGACAUCACGAAAAAGAAGAAGAAGCCGACGACGCCUCCCGCGCCUUCGCCGUCCUCCUCGCUGCUAGGCAGCCCGUCGGCCCGCCCGCGCCCAGUCCUGGACCUGGACGAGGCCCUGUACGGCCCCACGCCCUCCACCCCUCGGCCGCGCAGGUCCCCGGGCGUGUCGCCGGUGGCGAGCAUGGUGGUUAUCCCGCGGCCCAAGUACAACGGCGCCCUCCUGGACACAGCGCUGUCCCCCUCCGCGGCCACGCCGUCCUCCGUCUUAGGCGGCAUAGGCGUCAUGGACCGGUCGCCCACCUGGGAGCGGAGUGGCAUCGAGCUGCGCAACGAUCUCAUGUUCCACAACUAUGGACUUCACCGUUUCGACCCACACAGCCUAACUGUCAACAAGGACGCCCUGCUGGGGGCCCUCUCUCCCACUGGCAGCGCUGCGGCCCUCAGCCCCAAAGUGGAAGUCAAGUCGGACGCCAAGAUGGCUGCUAAGCUGGACGCCAAGGGUGAGACCAAGCUGUCCACGGUCCCUCAACCCGAGCCCACAUCUGCGGAGACCAGCUGUGCUCAGGACGCGGACGGUUCCAAGACCCGAAGCACGGACCCCACCGAAUGAUCCUAUUUGGACAGUAUAUCAGAAGGUACUUCCGGUCGUGUUUACGUGAUUAGCUUCUUGUUCCUUUCAUCUUUGGCGAUUGAAUGUGUGUUUUCUACUCGCUUUUCCUUUUUUAUAAUGUAUGAUGUUUUUGCCUUGAGAUAGUAUUAUUCCAGGCUCUUCGUGGAACACUGUGAUAUCGUAAUCAGGUUGAAGUCGGCGCCCUCUAGCCCUCGUUCUUGAAGACUGUGUCACCAUGUGUUCUUGGUUUAAGUUUGAUGUCGGGUUUCUUCGCUGUCUAAGUGUCCCAAUUAUUACUGUUGAUAAAAACCUGGCCUGCCUGGCCGGCCAACUUUGGUUUGUACUUGUUGUGUGAUAUUUAUGAUGGGGAAAUUGGGGCAUCAAGCAAAAAGUAUUUUGAAGACAUUUGUAUUAUGAACAAAAUAUAUUUUGUAAAUUUAUCUGUGUGAUAGUUCAGCUCCAGAAUUGUACAAAGUUUAUUCUUCAUCAACCUCAUGUUGACAUAGGGGGAAUUUUAUUACUGCUUAUUUAUUUUUCAUAUAAGAAGUAAAACAUUGGUGCUGCUGUUUACUCUAGUGUGAUGUGUGAUGGAAAGUUUAUAAAUUGUAAGGUUUUAGUUAGUCUACUCUUAGUAUUUAUCAUCACUCGGAGAUUAAAAUAAAGAGUAUUCUAAUGAUUCAUGUUCAUCUACAAUAGUUGUUGACAGCUUUCUGUGUUUUCUCCUAAUUCUUUAGUCUCUGUUCAGAAUUGCUUGCUUUGUCUGCAACUGAUUAAUUGCACCUUUUGGCUGUAAUUUUGACUCUUUGUUCUAAUUUUUUUGAAAAGACCAAAGAAACUGAAUUGUGAAAGCAUAAUUACCACAGACUGCCUCAUAGGUAUAUUGUUGUACUGUAAACUUAAGACUUGCCUUUCUCCUUUUUAAGGACAAAAAUAGAUAGUGUCUUAAUUAAUUACCAGUAAAACACAUUGUGAUCUACAAUUCAGUAUGCAAUACUGACCCAGAGUUGGUUUUCAUUACCCUUUUAAGGGUAAAAAUAUGUAUUUAGUCUUAUUAAUCAAGGCUGGCCUUGCUUGUUGAUUUUUUUGAAGUAUAUCUUCUACAUGAACAGAGUCUGAUACAAAAAUUCAAGUCUUGGUUGUAUUAAAAUUAAGCAACUGCACUAUACCAUGUAGCACUAAGCAUACUAAUUAAUAAAUUGGAUUUUCGUUAUUAUCCUCACAUUAUUUCAGGGAAUGACAAGACAUUCAAACAAGAAAUGAACUGUGGUGCUCAAUUUCUAUUUUCCAUUUUUGCGCAAGCUGCAAGCUAUAGUUUCUGCAUGCUGCUCACAGAUCAUGCGUGGUGUAGAGUUUUCCAUUUAAGUUGAUACCGUUUCUAUCGUAGAAUGGCAUUAUGUCUAGGUUAACGAAAUUGUGGCAAAUUAAUCCUAUGUGAAAAAGCAUGAUUGUGUGAAGUGCCUUAUUUACCAUUUUGUGUUUAUCAGACACCUAAUGUACAGUCUAUAUUAUAUAAAUAAAGUGUAGAGCACUGAAACUCGA